AUGGCUACCUCGAAGGCCGGCUACACCACUGGUGCAGGGAUGGAUGAGGCUGAGGUGCGCCGAAGAAAUGUUGCCAGCUAUGAGAAGGCCAAUGGUCAGCACGUGUACAAAGUUGAGGCUGAAGAUACAAAGAAGUUACAGAAGCCCCAGGCCGGCUUCAUCCAGUUUCUCGAUGAGUGGGAGUUCUUGAUUGCCCCCAUCAUCUUCACAGCAUUUGCUCUCUUCACGAGACUAUGGCGGAUAGGACUAUCUCCCAUCGUCACCUGGGACGAAGCUCACUUCGGCAAGUUUGGAUCGCACUACCUCAAGCGAGAGUUCUACUUCGAUGUCCAUCCUCCUCUCGGAAAGAUGCUUGUUGGCCUGUCGGGCUAUCUAGCUGGAUACAAUGGAUCCUUCGAGUUCAAGUCCGGCGAGACAUAUCCGGAAGAGGUCAACUACACCUUCAUGCGCAUUUUCAACGCCAUGUUCGGUGUAGCGACGAUUCCCCUCGCAUACUACACCGCUCGCGAGCUCAACUUCCAACGACCGGCCGUGUGGCUUGUUACUCUCAUGGUUCUUUGCGAGAACUCGUACGCUACCAUCUCCAGGUUCAUCCUUCUAGACUCCAUGCUUCUUUGCUUCACCUUUACGACCGUCCUCUGUUGGGCCAGAUUCCACCGCCUGCAACACAAGAGUUUCUCCGUUGAAUGGUUCCUGUGGUUGUUCCUGACAGGACUGAGCAUCGGAUGUGUUUGUAGCGUCAAAUGGGUCGGUCUUUUCGCUACGGCACUGGUUGGCCUCUACACUGCGGAAGAUUUAUGGAACAAAUUUGGCGACCUGAAGAUGCCAAAGGUUGAGCUCGCGCAACACGUUGUGGCUCGCGUCAUAGGGCUGAUCGUCGUUCCCAUACUGGUCUACAUGUUCUCUUUCUACCUUCACUUCCUGAUUCUCGAGAACUCUGGCCCCGGCGAUGCUCAGAUGUCCUCCCUUUUCCAAGCGAACCUCCGUGGAACCGAAGUCGGCAAGGACUCACCCCUAGAGAUUGCCAUGGGAUCCAAAGUAACCAUCAAGAACAUGGGCUAUGGUGGUGGUCUCCUUCAUUCUCAUGUCCAGACGUACCCCGAAGGCAGUGGCCAACAGCAGGUUACCUGCUACCACCACAAGGACGCCAACAAUGACUGGUUCUUCUGGCCCAACCGAAGUCAACCAGAGUUUGACCCAGAAGCACCCCUCAGUUUCGUUGCCGACAAACAGGUCAUUCGGCUCCUCCACGCUCAGACCGGCCGAAAUCUCCACUCUCACCAAGUUGCCGCCCCAGUCACCAAGGCCGAUUGGGAAGUGUCUUGCUACGGCAACACGACUGUCGGCGACGAAAAGGACCAUUGGCGGAUCGAGGUCGUCAGCGAUGCCGCGUCCUCAGAUCGCUCACGGAUUCGGACUCUGACGACAGCCUUCAGACUGAAGCACGUGGAGCUGGGUUGCUACCUCCGAGCGGGGACCGUUAACCUCCCGCAAUGGGGCUUCAAGCAGAUUGAGACCACUUGUGUCAAAAAGGCGAGUCCCCGAGACGUGUACACACACUGGAAUAUUGAGUCUCAUGUCAACGAUAAAUUGCCACCUGGCAAUGCUGCACAGUACAGGUCACCUUUCCUGAAGGAUUUUGUUCAUCUCAAUGUUGCCAUGAUGACUUCCAACAACGCCCUCGUCCCCGACCCAGACAAGCAGGAUGACCUUGCAUCCAAAUUUUGGCAAUGGCCUAUUCUCCACGUCGGCCUUCGCAUGUGUUCAUGGGAUGACCAAAUCACAAAGUAUUUCUUGCUGGGCAACCCCAUCGUUUACUGGGGCUCCACAGCAUCGCUCAGCAUCGCUGGUCUUAUUGUCGCCUGGUACCUGAUCCGCUGGCAACGGGGCUACAGGGAACUCAGCCAAGUGGACAUUGACCAAAUCCAUUACUCCGGCAUCUACCCUGCAAUUGGCUGGUUCUUCCAUUACUUCCCCUUCCUGAUCAUGGGGCGAGUUACCUAUGUUCACCACUACUAUCCAGCUCUCUACUUCGCUAUUCUGGCAGCAGGUUUCUGCCUUGACUGGACGACACAACGCCUUCACAGGAACGUCCGCUGGGGAGUGUACUUCAUCCUGUACGCCGUGGUUAUUGGGUUAUUUGUGCUGUUCAGCCCGGUAGUAUUCGGGAUGCAAGGCAGCAAUCGGCAAUAUGCAUACCUUAGGUGGUUCGACCGAUGGAGGAUCUCAGAUGCCAAGAUGGGUGAGACACUGGCAGCAUGA